AGAGAAAACAAUGAGCUCAACACAGAAGGACCAACAUGGAGCGAGAAGUCAGCGCUCUCAGGAGGCCGACAAACCUCACAGAAGAAAGAGAGAGAAAACAUACACCUGUGACGAGUGUGGGAAGGAGUUUACUGUGAGGUCCAAACUAAAACUGCAUCAGGUCAUCCACACUGGAGAGAGACCGUUCUGCUGUGACUUGUGUGGAAAGUCUUUUUCCAGGAAGGAUUCCCUGAAAACACACCAACUCAUCCACAGUGGAGUUAAAGCGUACAGCUGUGAUCAGUGUGGCAGAGCUUUUACUCAAAGUUGCAACUUACAGAGGCAUCUAGUUACCCACUCUGGAAUUAAGGCAUACAGCUGUGACAUUUGUGGAAAAACUUUCAGCCUGAUAGGGCACCGAAAUAGACACCUACGCAUUCACACCAGACAUGAUGUGUACUGGUGUGAACAGUGUGGCAAACAGUUUAUAACUCACACAGAGUUAAAACGACACAUGUUUACCCACACUGAGGGACGACCUUAUAAAUGUGACCUGUGUGAGAAGACUUUUAAAUCUCCACGUCACCUGAGACGACACCAACAGAUCCACACCAGAAAGAGACUCUACAAGUGCAGUUACUGUGAGAAGCAGAGCGACACAGAUGGAUCCAGUUCUCAACCCUGUCAUCACUGUGGUGGUGGGAAAGACUUUCAUUGUGACCUCUGUGGAAAAACUUUCAGUUGGCAAGACACCCUAAAAAGACAUCAACGUAGACACACUGGAGACAAACUGAAAUACUGCAAAGAAUGUGGGAGAAGCUUCACCACAUCAGCGCUGUGAGCCAGAACAGCGAGAGAAAAAUCUGCAACAGUGACGAGCCGAAUGCUUAAGUGAAUCCCAGCAGCUGCACAUGUGCUACGCUGAUUUAGAGGAUAUCUUUGCUCUGGAUUUAUAUUUAUACUCUUUCAUUUCUAUAUGAUUCUAAUUGCAUCUAAACGAAGAUGAUUCAAUUUGAUACAUUUUGAAGGCUCUUCAUGCUUUGGUGUAAAUGAGACGUAAUAUUUGCUCUUGGUUUGGUUCUCCUGUACAGAACCUUGCAGUACAACAGAAACCUAAAAACAU